GUGAGUUUUUUGUGGAGGCAAAGGGAGGAGUCCAGGAGAGGAACAUGUGGUCGAGGAAAACUCUGGCCAGGGAGCCCAAGGCAGUGGGACAGCAGGCCCACUCUUCAUCCUCCUGCUCCGGAAGGGAGGCGGCCACCCACUCCCUGGCCAACUUCUUCAACAACCUGGCCCCACAAGGAACCCUGCCAGUGGCCGUCAAGACAGAAGCAACCAACGCUGUUCCCAAGAAGACCAGUAAAGCCAAGGAGAGUUCCAGUAAGACUGAAGAGCCUCAGAACGGACCAGCAGCAGCAGCCAACACCAAGGACUCCUCCUCCUCCAGUGAAGAGCAGAGCAAGAAGACAGCCACGUCACUCAUUCUCUUUGAGGAGGUGGAUGUCGUCUUUGAUGACGACUCUGGGUUCCUGGCUGCCAUCAAAACGUUCAUGACCACCACCAAGAGACCGGUGAUCCUCACCACCAGUGAUCCCACCUUCAGUACCAUGUUUGAUGGCUACUUUGAGGAGAUCCAUUUCAAAACCCCCUCAGUGGUGAAUGUGGGGAGCUACCUGCAGCUGCUGUGCCUGGCUGAGAACAUGCGUACGGACGCCCGCGACGUCUCCUCUCUGCUCCAGCUYAACGGUUGUGACAUCCGCCAGAGCCUUCUACACCUGCAGUUCUGGAGCCGCUCCACAGGGGGGCGGAAGCUAUCCCGUCCCCUCCCAGACUCAGACCCCACAGGUGAGGACAGAGUAAUGUUCACUGAAUAA